AACAAUCCAAAUUCAGAAACUCCCGUUUCUGAAAUCAAACCAGUGUCGCCGGUAAUAACUCACUGUCCUAAAAUAGUAUGCACUAUGUAGUUGAAACUAAUUUAUCUUUAUUUCCCCCUUACCCUUUUAUAUGAGAUUGGCGCCAUCUGAUUAGUAGAAAAAGGGCAUUCAAGACAGUGUCCAAUAGUGUGCUACGUGCAUACUAACUAUGACAUGUAACUGUUACAGAUAGAGGUUCAAGGAAUAAAAGAUGUUAGUCUGAGAUCUGAGAGCAAUGAUAAUUUUAUAAAUAAUGGUGGGGAUGAGUGAUGGUGUGGGAGUGUGUUUAAGUUAUGUUAGGGUUAUUCCUAUCUUCCUCUGCUCCAAUGAGUCACGAGGGACGUUGAAACUGAUUUAUCAUUACUUUCACAAGGUACUGGACAAAACUGGAAGUGGUCGUAUUACAGUUUCUGACUUCCGGCAUUUUAUGACGACGAUGGGAGAGCGCAUGACAGUAGAAGAAGCGGAAGAGCUCAUAGCUCGAUCCACGCAGGACGGAAAAGAUUAUAUAGAAUACAGAGACUUGGUGCAGGCUGUCCAGCACCUUCCCACGUGACAGCAACACGUGGCCGCAGACUUGGCUUGUCUCCGGACGCCCCUCGUGACGUCACAGCCUCCCUUACUUCCUGAUCCGGUAUAUCGCUGUUCCACGUGCACCGCGGGCCGCGCGCACCAGCACCGCAGUGCACCACCGGAGUGCACCACCGUACGUCUGUGACAGUGAUGUCGUGCACUCUCCCAAAGGCGGUUUCACCAACGAAUUCAGAUACACUGCUAAUAUUUCGCCACUUCCAUUCUCGUUAUUGUUGUUUUGGUUUUCUUUUUAACCCGUUGUUGUUAUUGUUCUUCUUCGCGUUGUUGUUG